GCGGGACUUCCUUGAAAAUCGAAAACGAAAACCUAAGUCGCUCUUACAGUCUUUCUUCAAGCUUCAGCUUCAGAGUGACUGACAUAUCGGCCUCAGAAGACCCCAGCAAAUGCUCUAUUUUGCUUACUCUGCAUUUCCGCAGCUGCUUCGUUUGAAUGGACUCGGACGAAUAUCUUCGAUUCCGCUUCUUCGUCAAUCCCUCCGACAGAAUGGAUGGAGAGAUGCUGUGGAUUCUGUUGGGAUGCAUGCACGUUGCAUUUGUUCUGUAGCUGACGUGCCAGAUUAUGAAUGUGAUAAAUUCCACGAUGAUGUCAAAGCUGUGGAGAAAGAUGCUGCACUGCGACUGGCACUCUCUCGGUUAGCUGCUGAUUUUGGUAGAGAAUCUAUGUUAUCAUUGGAGAGUUUUUUCCGUUCACGAUAUGCCCGUGUUAUACCUACCGGUUCUUUAAAGCUUGAUCUGGCUCUUGGGAUUGGAGGAUUACCAAAGGGAAGAAUUGUUGAAAUCUAUGGGCAAGAAGCAUCUGGCAAAACGACGCUUGCCCUUCAUAUUAUCAAGGAAGCUCAAAGGCUUGGAGGAUAUUGUGCAUAUCUUGAUCUAGAGAAUGCAAUAGUCGCAUCACUUGCAGAAUCAAUAGGUGUGGACACAGAUAAUCUUCUUAUUGCACGCCCUGAUUCUGCUGAAAAUUCAUUUAGGGUGGUUGAUACAUUGGCUAAAAGUGGAUCUAUUGAUGUUAUUGUGGUGGACAGUGUGGCAGCCCUUGUUCCCCAAUGUGAACUUGAUGUUUUGAUGGAUAUUAACCUCCCAGAUGUACAAUCACGGUUGAUGAACCAAGCACUGAGAAAAAUUCAGUCCUCAAUAGUUCAAUCUCAAACACUUCUUAUUUUCAUUAAUCAGGUUAGAUCAAAUUUAAAAUCAUGUCAGGGUUUUGGGCGUACAAAUGAGGUUAGUUGUGGUGGAAAUGCCCUCAAGUUCUAUUCAGCAGUACGGCUGAGAAUUUUGAGAAGAGGACUGCUAAAAAAUGAGAAUGAGAUUACUGGUAUUGGUGUUUCCGUGCAAGUGGAGAAAAAUAAGCUGGCACCUGCAAUGAAGAAGGCUGAUUUGGAGAUAAUUUUUGGAAGAGGCAUUUGUUGUGAAUCAGAGGUUCUGGACAUGGCUUGUCAACAUGGAGUGAUCUUGAAAGAAGGCAACAGUUACUGCAUAGAAGGGGAGAUUCUCAAGAAUAAGCAGGAAGCUGAACGGUAUCUAGCUGAAAAUGAUGGAACCUUAGAUAAGGUGGUUGCAAUCUUAAGAAGCCAGUUGUUUGGGAACACAAAAUAAUCAGUGGUGGUUUAUCAAGUGGAUGGAUAUCAUAGUCACUGGCAUUCCCUAAUCACGUCCUCCAUGAAUUUGAAUUGCAAUAAAUGG